ACCCACCACACACACACACACAGAGGGCAAAGGAAUCGAGUCUGGCACGGACCGUGUAUUGUUAGUAGGAAAUGGUACGCAGCUCAGGCUGGGCUGUUCCCUCCCUCUGUCCCGUAGCUACCAACUCAUCUGUUGUUAUUUGCACAGACUACAGCUCGUUUUUGAACCGGAACACCGUUGCACCGAGGCACACAUUUGUGGAGGUAUUUGUACCCGGUAUGCCCCAACAGCAAAGCUAACACGGUUAACGGCUGACGAUGGCUUCGGUGCGGAUGGUCGGCAAAGUUACGGCGAGACUUUUGGGAAGUGUUCAGCCAAUUCACCGCGGUCUCAAAACUACCCGUCCGGUUGCAUUUCUUCACCAGGUUCAACAGAGACCGCCUCUACUUGGAAAUUGCCAAGCUCUUUUCUACAGUACUCUCCCAACCUCCAGUGAUGUGUCCUUGAAGUACAAAUAUGGCCGUUUGGUUAUGGAGGUGCCGUUGCCCUCCAGGAAUGAGAAGUGCCUGUUCUUCCUCAGACCCAUGCUGAUGAGUGUAGGAGACCUGAUCACAGAUCUGCAGAAAGAGGACCCAGGAGCUACUGCUUCCAUUUUCUCCAAGGAUGGAGAGCGCGUAGCCAACACCACGCUGAUAGACACUCUGCUGGACAAGGACUUCCAGCUCGUCAUCAAUGAUGCAGUUUAUAAUGUCUUCUCUCCUGAAAAGGUGUGUACGUCCAGUGAGCACGCCAUGGAGCUGGAGGACAUGAAGCAUGUUGUGCAUCUGCUGCACACAGCGCUCCACCUGCCUGAACACCACCUGCUGAAAGAGAGGCACCUGCUGGAGAGACUGGACAGCCUCAAACAGGAGCUGUCACCUCUGGAGAAGAUGAAAGCACAGCUGUCCCAGACAGCAAACUUCCACACCUCCAGGGUUGUCUGGACCGGCAUGGCCUUGUUAUCUGUGCAGGGUGGUGCUCUGGCCUGGCUCACCUGGUGGGUCUAUUCAUGGGACGUCAUAGAGCCUGUCACUUACUUCAUUACCUACGCCACCAGCAUUGGAGCCUUCGCCUAUUAUGUCCUUACCAAACAGGAUUAUGUAUACCCAGACGUUAAAGACAGACAGUUCCUGCAUUACUUUUAUAAGGGGGUCAGCAGGAAGAAAUUCAACGUGACAAAAUACAAUGAACUGAAGGAAGAACUGUCUCAGGUGGAGGAGGAUCUGAGACGUCUAAGAGACCCAACUCAGCUUCAGCUACCACUCGAACAGAUCCAGCCAAAGCCAUGAACGAAGCCAAGUCACGAAUAAUAGUCACUAACACUUGCAGCCUCCAGAGCAAAAACAAUUUUCUGCUUUAUUUUGAUAAUGGCACCUUUUUACUAGGAAUCCAUAUCAUUCUGUGUUUUGUUUACAUUCUUGAUAAUGAUGCCAAUUAUAUCUUUGAGAAACAUACAGACACAGCUACUAUUGAAAUAAAAAGUAUUUCCCAAAAACUGGGAGAAUCUCC